UAACAGCGCAAAGCCGCAAACAGUUUGAAGUGGUGGGUCGUUUGAGGUUAAUUUUUGUCAUGUCUCAUAAAGAAGAGUUGGCUCAGGAUGUUAGGAAGCUGGUGAAACAGCUAACUGGUUUCGAAGAUGAUGAUGAGAACCUUAGACAGUGCGAAAGUUAUGCAUUAUCAAAUAUUUUGUAUCAUCGCUGCGUGUCUGUCGAAGGGCAAAAAGUUCGUAAAGCUAUGGAUGGGAUAGUGACGAAAUUUUUUGUACAUGGCCAUUUGCAAGCUUCUAAAAGAUUGUCGGAGCUUUUUGAAAAGUUCUUAACAGAUGAGAAAUUUGAAGAUCCAUCCCACUGCGACGAGCGAUGGUCAAUGUUAUGGCUCUUGCUGUGUUUGGCAAACAGACCAACCAAUAAAAUUCAACCUAAUGAAACGCCAGAACCCGUAAAAGAAAAGAAUGGUGACGAGAACUUUGAUUGGGGAGCAUAUUUAAUGGAUGGAGUUGCUCCGUUUAGUAGACCGUACAAGGAUGAUUCAGAUGACUCUUUCUCAGAGCUAGAUGAUUCUGGUGUAAGUAGCGUGGAUGAAGCAUUCACUCAUACAAGCACACUUUCUGUGGGGCAUAAAAGUGCAGAAUUAGAAUGUACAAGUAGAAACGAAGAGUUGGUGGAAUUAGUCAAUAAAGGUGUUGAGGCUGAAAGGUGGCUGAAACGAAAUGUUCAGAAUUGCUGGUGGAUCACAGGCAAUGUACCAAAUGAAGUACACAGCAAAUACCCUUGUGCAAAUUUUGCAGAAAGUUGGGAGGAGUACUCUGUGGCUGAAAGAAAUGAUGGUCACUGCUGCAAGCCAAGAACAAUAAAAAUUAGUGAAUACAAAGUUGUGAGAGAAGUACUAUUUAUGCUUCAUUCACCAUCAGCAACUUUUCUGUUUUAUCAAGAAAAUGGCCGUUUUGUUGUACGGAAUGAUGUUACUAUUCCAAGUCUUACCAAGGAUGCUGUCAAGAAUUAUUUGGGACAUGUGUGUGAGUAUGUCAACAUUGUGUAUGAACUACAGAAAUUCAGGGAAGAAGUUUAUGCUGGUUAUCAGUCAGAUAAUACCUCAGCUACAAGGUUGCCCACUUUCACGUUUGAAGCAUAUGCUGCGUCAGUGCAUGACAUUCUUCAGGAGUUUGCUCAGUUCAUCUCAAAAAUUGAAGGACGAGUAAGGAAACAAGAGGAUAUUAACACACUAUACCAGUUAAUGUGUGAAUUGAGACCAAAAUUUAAAGAAUUAAAAGUUGUGUAUGAUACACAUGUAUUAGCCAUUGAAGACUGGAAAGAAUCUCCGAAAUGGUUAGCAGUCACACGAUUGCUGUCAGUUCUUUAUGAAGCAGGAAUAUCUGCCACUGAGGUAUACGAGUCGAGGCAUAUAUUAAAAUUAUUUCUCAAAAGCUUCCGACCAUAUUUUGGUAUUAUUAGCACUUGGUUGACUGAAGGCCAUCUUGAAGAUUGGCGUCAGGAGUUCAUUAUUACAAGGAAUGACAAUGUAAUAGAUAGAACAUGGGAAAUGUGGGAGGAAGGCUUCACACUGCAUCCUUACAUAAACUGUCUCAAAUCAAAAGGAAUAGAGCCACUGCCUCUGCUGGAAGAUGUUGCUGAAAAGGUCCUUCAUGCUGGGAAAAGCAUUGAAUUACUUAAAAAAUUGAAUAAGAUUGGUGAUUUUUCGCAUCUCAGUGACAUGAAAGGUUCUUUAUACAAAGAAUUUUUAAUUGCCAUAAUUAAGGAGCUACCUGUUGAUGAACAGAAACAGAAAAUUUCAGAUAAUCAGUCACAUUUUAAUGAUGAAGAUGAACAUGAACAAACAAAUGUCAAGAGAAAUACCAUUGAAGACCAUACUUCACUGACACUAGCACAUGUCAGUGUUGAGGAUACCAGUGUUCCACAACAGAAGGGAUUGAAUCUUUCAGAAGAGAGACCAUUACUUGAUUAUCCAAUAUUGGGCAAAAUAGUGAAGAACUUGUUCCAUGGGGAAGAUAAGCUUGAGUGGCAAGACAUAGGUCAAAUGGAAGAGCAAGAACUCUUCGAUAAGGUUAUACAGAAACUGUCCUCUGGAUGUUUCCCUGUAAAACCGUUGUUGGAAUCUGUAUUCAGCUACUUCAUUUAUGAGAAACAUGGUACUGCGUGUUCACUAGUGAAAAAUAUAUUGCAUUCUGAAUACAACAUUGCAGUUCAGCUCUCUGUUGUAAGAAAUAUUUAUCUCAUGGAGGGAAGUGACAUGGAAAAAUUCUGUUCACAUGUAUUCAGGGAGGUUGAGAGAAACUAUGCCUGGGACAAUGCAUAUUCACUAACUAUGCAACUGGAGAACUGUAUAGAUGAACAGUACCCUUCACUGAGCUCAAAAUUUUCUGUAUCUGUUUCUAAGAGAUCACAAACAAUUGUAUCAGUAAACACAUUGGACAGCAUCAAAAUUAAGUUUUCAGUUGAAUGCCCCAUGUCCCUGAUAUUCUCUAAAGUCAACAUGAAGAUGUACAAUUCUGUAUUCAGGUUCCUAUUGAAGGUGAAAUGGGCACUUUGGGCCUUGGAACAGUUGAGAUUUAAAAGAGGGGAGUUGAAGGACAAUAAUAAGGCUGAAUCUGCAAGUAACAUUAGAAAACGUAACAUGUUGUGGCUGUUGCGCUUCUGGAUGUUGCAUUCAGUUGGUUGUCUUCAUUCAUACCUGAUGGGUCAGGUAUUAGUAUCACUUGGUUUGGAACUUGAACGAGACACAGAAGAAGCAGCCGAUCUGGACACACUAAUUAGAGUUCACAACACCUAUGUUCAAAAAGUUUACACACACUGCUUACAACCCAAGGAAUACGAAAAUAUCAGAAGGGCUAUUCUAGAGCUGGUUACACUCGCAUUAAAAUUACGUGAAGUCUGGCUUGUGGGCUUGGAAAUUGUAUCAGAAGAGCGACUUAGCAAGAUGGGUGACUUGUACAUAAAGUGUCACAGCCAAUUGGGUGCAGUCCUACAGAAUGCUGUAGAUGCUAAUCAUGAUCCACUUUUGACUCAUUUAAGUGAUGCUAUAAACUCCACUCCGCCACAGAAAAAAACAGUGGAUUCAGGAGGAGAAGUAAUUAUGCCAGCCUGUGGCACAUAAUGACAAUGACAGCUACUAGAGUUUCUUCAGCACGUGUCUAGUCAUGAAAUUCUCUCCCUAGCUUUCUAGCUGGUUGGAUUCGGAGUGGUUCUUGUCCACUGUUAAUUUCCAUCUUAUUUACAGCAAUGUAUGGGGGAUUAGGCUACAUUUGUUCUUAAAAGUGUGCUAAUGGUUGUUGAAAUAAGUUUUUGAGGGUAAUAAACAAAGUUGCUUUUGUUGUAGUUCCAAAUCCUCACUAUCUAAAUCGACAUAAGUUUAGUUGUUGGUUGCUCUAACAGUGAAUCCUUACAAAACCCUUAUGUAACAAUUGUACUUUUAGGUAUCUUUUGAAUGCUGUCUGAAAUGUGAGUUAUCAAGCAGUUUUCAAAUUUAUGAAGAUGUAAACAAUCAUUGGACAGACAUGUUCUGAACACUACAUGUACACAUAGGUGUAAGAAACAUUGUAAAACUGAAUUUUUGUUCCUCUUAUGUGUCAAAAAUUACAUACUGAGGUCAGUGAUUACAUUUUUUGUAAGAAAAUAUAAAUUAUAUAUUUCACUGAUACUGUUUAUAAAA